UGUAGAUGAGCUCUUGCAGAUUUUACCCCAAUGAGAAGCAUUAUUCUACGUCAAAACAAGAAUCUGAAGGACAGCCCUGGUAUUAAGAUGAGCACAGGUACGAUUGAGAACUCGGAGUCGCCAGACCAGCAAGCAGAUUUAGAGCAGAACGGAAUAGACUUCAAUCGACAAAUUAAGACGGAAGACAUCCACGACUCACAUCAUUCUGUCUUAUCACUGAAGACAUGUCACCCAACACAGGGUUCAACCAUAGGCCUACCCGGUGGACAGCUGACUGGGGAGCUGCCCUCUCUACACACGAUGCAGCAGCUGGUUCUGAUGCCUCCGUCUCACCUCUCAUCGCCCUCCUACCUGCUAUCACAGUCACAGACUAGCCACCAAGCUUUUCUGCAGCAGAACCUGCUGUCUCUUCCACCACAGAGUCAGUCCAGCCUCCUCCAGCACCAGCAGGGGCUCACCCUGAACCCACAGGUUAUGAACCGUUCCGGUCUGGGUGGGCCGUCUAUGGACAACCAUAUGGACCUGUCUCACCUGCAGAUGCCAAAGCACAUGGCUUUACCACCGCAAGAGGAGCCUAGCGACCUGGAGGAGCUGGAGCAGUUUGCAAAGGCUUUCAAGCAAAGGCGAAUCAAACUUGGCUUUACGCAGGGAGAUGUAGGCCUUGCGAUGGGGAAGCUUUAUGGGAAUGACUUCAGUCAGACAACCAUCUCUCGGUUUGAGGCCCUGAACCUGAGCUUCAAGAACAUGUGCAAGCUGAAGCCCCUGUUGGAGAAGUGGUUGAGUGAUGCAGAGAACUCCCCGGCGGACGCCAUGAACAGCCCCGCCUCGCUGCCCCCGCUGAUCGAGGGCUACGGCCGCAAGAGGAAGAAGAGGACCAGCAUUGAAACCAACAUCAAGCAGACGCUUGAGAAGCGCUUUCUUGAUAAUCCAAAGCCGAACUCGGAGGAGAUAACGCUCAUCUCAGAAUCCCUCUCUAUGGAGAAAGAAGUCGUACGGGUUUGGUUUUGUAAUCGCCGGCAGAAAGAGAAGAGAAUCUACUGUCCUGUGGCCACCAUGGCCAUGAAAUCACACAACUUCAGCAACAGAAUGGCGUCCUCGUCCAGGCCCUUCAGCCCACUGGCGUCAGGAGGAGUCUCUUCCAGUUCCUCUCCCAACAGCGCCAGCCGCGGAGCUUCUCCCAACAUCAUGUCCACAUCUUCAACCACUUUACCCUCACCGGUCAACCAAACGUAUAGCGCACCAGGGUCAUGGUACCGAACAUGGAACCCUUCUCCAUAUCACUGAGAACAAUGUGGCAGGUUAGAUGACUUUUUGAAGUGGUCAGGAUGUUCUCAGGAAGUAAGAUGGCUGACAAGGUGGCCCUGACCGGGAGGCCCUGAAGCGGACUCUAGGCAACAUAAGUGCAGACGAGGCAUUGGUCUUUAUCAGCAGCCAAUAGAAAGACCAAACUAGGCAACCAUUAGAAUUGUUUUUCCAUCAAGGUCAGUGAUUUGCUAUUGCUCAAAGAAUCCAUAGUACUUAAAAAAUAAUACCAAAAAUAUAUAGUAUAUUUUGUUUGCAUCUCAAGUCCAAUUACAAAUUCUGCUUUUGGAAGUGAAUAUUUAUCCAUUUUGACCCAUUUUGUAAGGCAACUGAUCAGGACCAAUACGUCACGGUCUCAAUGUAAAAUAUUUUCUGCUGUUGUUUUGGUUUGUAUUGUUCACCUAUUUUAUUAGUAAUUAGUCAUUUUUUAAGGGUGCCUUUUUCUUUCAGUCAGAGUACAUUUUUUGUUUUCAAGCUGUAUAAAUAAGUUAUAGCGAUUUUCUGUGUUUUGCGAAACAGACAAGAUAUAACUCUUUUAGACUCCACACUUGUGUUUAUGUGUUGCAUUAAGGACUUCUUGUGUCAUGUCAAGUUGAAGAUUAAUUUAUAACACUGAAAUGUUACAUCUUGUGUCAUUUACAUAACAUAUAUCAUUUACAUAAUGCAAUUGACCAAAUAAUCAUCAGAAUCCACUAUGCUGAAUGCCAUUCGACAUUGAACAUUUUUGUAUGAAAGUAAUUUCAUGAAGAUGCUGAACAGCAUAUGCAGUGCAUGAAGCUAAAAUAAUUUUAAAAGAGUUUUGUAAUACAUUUUAUGUUAUAAAACA